GAAGCCCCCCCCCAGGCAGGGGGUCUCUGCCCCCCCCUUAUGCCGUGGUGCUGGUCUCAUGCUCGGGGCUGGUGGCCUUCAUCCUCCUCCUCCUCACCUGCCUCUGCUGCAAACGGGGUGACGUUGGCUUCAAGGAGUUUGAGAACCCCGAGGGGGAGGAAGAUUCGGGUGACUUCACCCCCCCAGCCGAGGAGACGUCGUCGUCCCCGUCGCUGCCCGACGUCUACGUCCUGCCCCUGGCUGAGGUGGGGGGUGGGCCUGGCCCCCCACCCCCCCCUGCUGGUGAGAGGGCGACCCCCCCAGGGCUGAGCCGCCAGCACCUGAGUUACCUCCAGGAGAUCGGCACCGGUUGGUUUGGGAAGGUGAUUUUGGGGGAGCUGAGGGGGGGGCCAGUGGUGGUGAAGGAGCUUCGUGCUGGGGCCACGGCCAUGGAACAAAGACGCUUCUUGGCUGAAGCUCAACCCUACCGGAGGCUCCAGCACCCCAACGUGCUGCGGUGCCUGGGGCUGUGCUGCCCAGAGCGCCCGGCGCUGCUGGUGAUGGAGUACUGCCAGCUGGGGGACCUGAAGCGCUACCUGAGGGCUCAGAGGGGGGCAGGGGGGGGCACCCCCCAGCUGCCCCCCCGGGACGUGGCGACGCUGCAGCGUUUGGCGCUGGAGGUGACGCGGGGGCUGCGGCACCUGCACCGGCACGGCCACGUGCACAGUGACAUGGCCCUGAGGAACUGUCUCCUGACCUCGGAGCUCACGGUGCGGGUGGGCGACUACGGGCUGGCCCACGGCAACUACAGGGAGGAUUACUACGUGACCCCCCAGGGUCUGUGGGUGCCCCUGCGCUGGGUGGCCCCUGAGCUGGUGGCUGAGAGCGGGGGGACCUUGGCCAUCGGGGAGCAGAGCAAGGAGAGCAACGUCUGGUCUCUGGGGGUGACGCUGUGGGAAGUGCUGGAGUUGGGGCUCCAGCCCUACGGGCACCUCUCGGACCAGCAGCUCCUGACGCUGCUGCGGCGCCGGCGGCCGCUGGCCCCGGGACGGCCCCGCCUGAGCCUGCCCCGGGCUGACGCCUGGUUCGAGGUGCUUCAAUCCUGCUGGCGCCCCCCCCCCCAGCGCCCUACCCUGGACCAGCUCCACCAUCGCCUCUGCUCCCUUUUGGGGGGUCCCACGGGGGGAUCCCCGACUCCAACCCCCCCUCCACGACCAUCCUCACCUCCCCCUCCCUCUUCCUCCCCUUCCCCCUCCCCUUUCCCCCUCCUCGACUCCUUCCCGGGGCCGGAUUCGGACGCGGUGCUGAGGGUGACCCAGAGCAGCCGCGGCCGUUUGGCUUUGGAAUGUCUUUGGGGACGUGGCCGGGGGGGUUCGGGGGGGUCUCGACAUCCUCCCCCCAACCUUUUCCCUUCGUGUUUGGGGGCUGUGGGGACCCCCGGGGUGCUGCCGGUGCUGGGAGCCCGGAGCCCCUCGGGCACCAGCGAGUAUUUCAUCCGGCUGGAGGAGCACGGGACCCCCCUGGAGCUGGAGGUGGUCAAGUGGGGACAAGAGGGGCCACCAGUGACACCAGAGAGGCCACCAGUGACCACCCAAGAGGCAUCUGGGACCCCCCUGGAGCUAGAGGUGGCCUCAUGGGGACAGGAGAAGCCACCAGAGAAGCCACCAGUGACCACCCAAGUGGCAUCUGGGACCCCCCUGGAGCUGGAGGUGGACAAGUGGGGACAAGAGGAGCCACCAGUGACACCAGAGAGGCCACCAGUGACCACCCAAGAGGCAUCUGGGACCCCCCUGGAGCUGGAGGUGGUCAAGUGGGGACAGGAGAAGCCACCAGAGAGACCACCAGUGACCACCCAAGUGGCAUCUGGGACCCCCCUGGAGCUAGAGGUGGCCUCAUGGGGACAGGAGAAGCCACCAGAGAAGCCACCAGUGACCACCCAAGUGGCAUCUGGGACCCCCCUGGAGCUGGAGGUGGACAAGUGGGGACAAGAGGAGCCACCAGUGACACCAGAGAGGCCACCAGUGACCACCCAAGAGGCAUCUGGGACCCCCCUGGAGCUGGAGGUGGUCAAGUGGGGACAGGAGAAGCCACCAGAGAGACCACCAGUGACCACCCAAGUGGCAUCUGGGACCCCCCUGGAGCUGGAGGUGGCCUCAUGGGGACAGGAGAAGCCACCAGAGAGACCACCAGUGACCACCCAAGUGGCAUCUGGGACACCCCUGGAGCUGGAGGUGGUCAAGUGGGGACAAGAGGGGCCACCAGUGACACCAGAGAGGCCACCAGUGACCACCCAAGAGGCAUCUGGGACCCCCCUGGAGCUAGAGGUGGCCUCAUGGGGACAGGAGAAGCCACCAGAGAAGCCACCAGUGACCAUCCAAGUGGCAUCUGGGACCCCCCUGGAGCUGGAGGUGGUCAAGUGGGGACAAGAGGAGCCAACAGUGACACCAGAGAGACCACUGGUGGCACAUGGGAUGUCCCCUUUGGCACUGGAGAUGGUCACAUGGGGACAGGAGAUGCCACCAGUGACACCAGAGAAGCCACCAGUGACCAUCCAAGAGGCAUCUGGGACUCCCCUGGAGCUGGAGGUGGUCAAGUGGGGACAAGAGGAGCCACCAGUGACACCAGAGAGGCCACCAGUGAGCACUCAGGUGGCAGCUGGGACCUCCCUGGAGCUGGAGGUGGUCAAAGACAUCCCUUUGGCCAUCUCAGAUGCCACCUGGGCCACCAGAGAUGUCCCCAACCCCAGGGGAGAUGCCACCUGGACCACCACAGACAUGCCCUUGGACAACACAGAUGCCACCUGGACCACCAGAGAUGCCACCUGGGCCACCAGAGAUGCCACCUGGGCCACCAGAGAUGGCCCCAACCCCAUGGGAGAUGCCACCUGGGCCACCAGAAAUGAGCCCAGCCCCAUGGGAGAUGCCACCUGCACCACCAGAGACAACCUUUUGGCCACCACAGAUGCCACCUGGACCACCAGAGAUGGCCCCAACACCAUGGGAGAUGCCACCUGGGCCACCAGAAAUGAGCCCAGCCCCAUGGGAGAUGCCACCUGGGCCACCAGAGACGUCCCCUUGGCCACCAGUGACACUGCUGGGGCCACCAGAACCAUCUAUGGGGGGAGGGAGGAGGAGGAGGAGAAGGAACCGCCGGGCACGAGCCCCCCCGGGACCCCCCCGCGGGACCCCCCAACAGCGACAACAUCAGAGCCCUGGCCUCGCGCCUGUCCCUGCCGCUGCCGCCAUUGUCCCUGGGUCCCCUCCCCCCUCUGUGGCCUCCCCCGGCCUCGGGGCCGCCCCCCCCCCACCCUCCCCCGGCGGCGCCACGAGGCCGAAGAGGAGGAGGAGGAGGAGGACGAGGCCGGGCCCGGGGGGGCUCCCGGGGCCGCGGUGCCCGUGGUGGUGACGCGCGGCGACGGGCGCGGCCUCCGCGGCCUCCUCAAGGCCCCGCGCCCGGAAGUGACGUCAUCGGCGGCGGCGCCGCCCGCGAGCCGGAAGCGCAAGGCCGUGUCCUUCUUUGAUGACGUCACGGUGCAUCUGUUCGAUCAGGAGACACCGACCAAUGAGCUGAGCGGACACGGCGGGAGGCGCGAGGACAACGGCGCCGGGGCGCCCUCUGGGGGGACUGGGUGGGUCACGAGGGGUCCCUGA